AUGAGAAAUCUGUUUAUCUUCUUCUUGACAUUAAUUGUCAUCACUCAACUAUUGGCCAACAAAAUUGCCUCCGGCCAUAAAAAACGGCCAUCUCAUCGUCGCCGCGCCAACUCGUUGCAAGGAGAGGAGCUUGUCAACAAGUUGAAGGCCCAGAAUUCCAGUUGGGAAGCGCAUUAUGGCCACAGAUUCCGCGGCCAAAACAUUGAGGACCUCCAGAAAAUGUUGGGCGUUCAAGACGACCACGAUGACGUUGUCGAUGAAUACGAAGCCACUCAUCCUGUCGCCAAUGAUGCUUAUGGCUACUCGAAUACUCCGAUCCCAAGAGCUUUCGACUCGAGAACUCAAUGGCCUCACUGUAACAAGGUGAUCUCCAGAAUCGAGGACCAAAGUUUGUGUGGAAGUUGUUGGGCCGUCUCGUCGUCUGGUGCUUUCUCUGAUCGUCUGUGCAUUGCGAGCAAUGGAAGUAGAGCCGUGGCGUUGUCGGCGGAUGACCUGUUGAGUUGCUGCUCGAAUUGCGGAAAUGGGUAAGAGAAGGGAAACUGUAGUAUCUAGAGGAGGUGGGAGAAGCUAAUGGAUGGUGUUAGAAAAUUGCAAGAUGCAGUCCGAUUAAGUAUUUUUGAUUGUUUUAAACAAUUUUUAAUUUUUUUGCAUUUAUUUAGUCGAUAUUCGAAAUUUCAAUUUUGGCGGGAAAUUCAAAAUUAAAAUUUUCGGAGAACAUAUAGGUGAGGACUCAAAUGCUAAAUCACUGGAUUAAAGUGUCAAAAAGCAUAUUUUAGUUAGUUUUUUUACACUUUGAACGUUUUUAGUCAUCAAAUUCAGAUUUGAAGUUUUGGCGGGAAAUUCAAAAUUCAAAUUUUUAGACAAAGCAUCAGCGCGGACACAUAGGUUAAAUUGCCCAAUUAAGGUGUCAGUAAAAUGAUUUUAAACUGAUUUUUUGAUUUUAGACACUUUUUAGUCAUCAAUUUCUGAUUUUUAAUUUUGGCGGGAAAUUCAAAAUUUAAAUUGUCAAAAUCCCCCUAUCUUCUAAUAUCCAAAAUUUCAGCUGUACUGGUGGUUAUCCUUUCCGCGCUUUCGACUACAUUCGAACCUCUGGCAUUGUCACCGGCGGUAAUUAUUCGGAUACGACGACUUGUCUACCUUACCCAUUCCCUCCUUGCACUGGAUCCUCGCGUGGCAGCUAUGCACAGUGCAAAGGAUUUUCCGGAAAUUUCCCCGCUCCUCAAUGUAAAGGGCAAUGUCAACCACGCUACAACAGAUACUAUCAACAGGAUAAGAACUUUGGUGGGGAUUUAAAGGCACUUCAAAAAUUACUGCUGUAAAAGGGUUUAGAAAUUUGAAUUCCAAUUCAUUUCAGGUCUUACCGCCCUUUCCUUCCGCCAAAACCCUCAGGCAAUGCAGCAAGAGAUCAUGAGGAAUGGGCCAAUUGUCUUCUCGGCCAUGGAAAUUUAUGAGGAUUUCAUGUAUUACAAGGGAGGAGUUUAUCAGGUAAGUUGAAGGUCUUCAGAAUAAAAAACCGUCCUCUCAGCAGAUAGCUACUGUGUAACAGCGUGAAUUUUGUAAAAUUCAAAGUUCAUACUGUAAUGUAAUAUAGUAAAAAUUUAGACUAAUUAUUCACAUUUUAUGUUGCCAAAAUUGCUUGAGCUACCUUGCAAAGACUCGUAUUUUACAUUUUAUUUUAUGUUUUGUAUUUCGGCACUUUACAUUUCAGAGAUUGCAGCAAAGCAAAAAACAAAUUUUGUGGCCGGAAAGGCAUUUAAAAUGCACCUCGUAUUUUAAAAAUAAUACAUUUUUGCAAUGAAAGAAACACUUGACCAAAUUUUGAAACUUGCCGAACACACGACCCUUGCUUAUACAAAAAUGGAUCAACAUUAUAAAAUGUUGUUUUGGAAAUUUGAUGUUGUGCUCAUUAUUUUCCCGACAGACUGAUAUGCGCUGCAAAUGGGAUUUUACACCUCCCUUGUAAACCACGAUCAAAUUCACCCAUUUUCAGCACAUCUCCGGCGGCUACGUUGGUCUUCAUGCCGUCCGCGUCAUCGGUUGGGGAGAGCAGAACAACGUUCCAUACUGGAUUGUCGCCAAUUCCUGGGGACCCCAGUGGGGCGAGAACGGGUUCUUCAGAAUCCUCCGUGGCUACAAUCACGUGAACAUUGAAGGAACGGCCAAUGCUGCGACUGUUGACGUUAGUCGUCUUGGCUGA